CAUUUGCUCUCGUGCUAGAAGCCCAAAUAGCAGCUGGAGGUCGACGAACACCGAUCCCUUCCAGGGCGGCGGCACCCAUCAGAUCUAAGGUACCGUUUUUUCUCCCUGGGGUGUGUGUUUGCAUCGAUCUAGAUGAGCAAUCCAGACCGAGCCGCAUGAGCUAUCCUGCAGUAAAUGGGAAACGGAAGGUUUUCUUGCCUGAUUCAUGCCCCCCGUCCAUUUUCCUAACUGGGUAAUGACUUAGCGAAUUCGUUCUGGAUCGAGUUAUAAUUUGUUAGUCAUGCGCACUAGCUCAGGUGAUGUAGGCGAAGAUAUUGAUUUCCUAGAUUAUCCUCUGCAAAUGUUGCACCGCGCAAAGGAGCUGUGGAAAUAAGUCCGCCCGGGGAUCUGUAACGAGUAUUUGUUUUUAUCUUCUGCUUUCAUGAAAUUUUUUCUUACGAUCGCAUUUCUUGGGUGCAGGAUGGAUGGAUAUGGGAUCCCCGCUUCCGGGCCGAGACCACCGGGAUGGUUCGACGAUGCAUGCUCUGAACCGGAAGAAGAGGAAGGGAUCGGUUUUCCUGCUGGAGGUGGCGUUGCAGAGUCAGAAUCAGACGAAGAAGAUCAGCACCAGCGCAAUGGGAAAGCACCUGCAAUCAGCUCCAGGUGCAGUGUUAAGAAGCUUCAUGAUUUGCUAGCAUCUUUUGACGAGGAAAAAAGACAAUAUGUCGUCGAGAUGGAUUUCGGGGGGCUGCUAGAGCUACCAAAGAUAACCAGGACAGAUAGGCAUUUGUUAAUGUCUAUCCUAGGUCAUGUAGACGAGGAAGCAAGUUGUAUCACGAUAGAUCACAAGCGCGACGUGCAGUUCUAUGACGAAGAUGUUCAUACUGUCCUUGGCAUACCGUGUGGAGCUGCGCCUGUUAGGGAUCCAGGGCAUCAUGUUUCGGAGGAGGUGCUCGCGCAGAUCAGAGCCAUGUUUGGUAUCGGACCGGGGGAGCACAACAUUUUGCCAAUUGUUGAAGCUGUGAAGAUGACAUACGGCUGCCGAAUGACUGCUCAGGAGAAGAACAAGUUCAAAGUGGGGCUGGUGAUAUGCGCAUGCACAUACCUCCUUGCUCCAACACUGAAGAACGACUACUUCUGCACCAAUUACUGGGGUGCAUUGGCCACACCUGACCUCAUAAAUAUGCACAACUGGUGCAGAUACACACGAGAAGAGCUGCUAGUUGCGGCUAAAAGGGUGAAGGCAGAUCUCUUAGGAGGGCGUCAGAAGUCAAACCUAUCUGGGUGCCUGCCUUUUAUUCAGGUCUUCUAUAUUGAUAACCUAGACGCUGCAGAGAACAACAUCGACCACACUGUACGGCCUAGGAUAAAAGCGUACAACUACGCCCUUAUGAAAACAAUCAUUCAGAAGGAUGUGAAGUCGCGCAAGGGAGAUUACCCUGUUGUGUACGGCAGGCUGCUGCCAAGGGCGGAAACAGAGGUAUGUUAGCAUAGGAACCCCAUAAACAGGAAACGGGCGGCGGGGACGUCAAUGGGUCCCGCCCCUUGGCGGACACUUGCAUCGAGCUGCAGUUCAGUAGACAUAAAGGAGGCAUCUUAUAUUGUGUUGGACAAAAUAUCAAAGUUUACAUCCAGGUGCAAAGAGGUCCUUCUUUCGACUGCAAGGAAGAAGGAAGAGGAAAAUCACCGCCAUUUCAAUGCACUAAAUACCCUGGAAAAUUCAGCUCAGCACACAAUCAAAAGGGAGGCAAAGAGAGUGAGAGAUGAGUUCUUCUCCUUCUUCUCAAUUAUCGAGAUGAGCACAAGGAGGAGUGAUACAAGUAAUGGUGGCAAGUCAACAGGAUGCCGUGGUGCAUCCCCUAUAACAGACACUGCUCCCCCGGCAGCUCGCGACUCUGCCACGACACCUCCAGGCAGCGGCAGACAUCAGCGGACCACUAACAUAUCACCGGAGGUCGUGGAGGUCUCUCCCCGACGCUUCAAGAAGACGGCCAAGAAACAAAAGAAAGUACGUUUAGAGUGUGAGGAGUCAGAUAUAAUGGAUAUCGCAGAUUCAGAAGAUAAUACAAACGUGGUCAGUUCACCACUUGAACCAAUUAAUUCUGCCGCCGCACUAGGAGGUUGUCAUGUUGAAGG